AUGUCCUCCUCACGCAAGCGCAAACGCACUCAACCUUCCCCCGCCAAAUCCUCCGCCGACCAAGUAAUCAACCCCCGCUCCCACACCCCCUCCACCCUCAAACAAUUCACCCUCGCCGGCCUCCCCCACGACUCCCCCCUCCUCUCAGACCUCUACCCAGGCUUCCCUCACCGACCCCCCCGCCCUGCCCGCAAGCGCUACCAGUACACCUCCCAAUCCUACGACCCCUCUCACAACAACCUAACCGACAAAUCCGGCGACGAAGGCGGCGAUGAACUCCCCGACUUCACUACUGACGACGACGGGCCCAUCGGCGCCAGGACCACCGCAGGGGAAGAGACAGAUUUCUCUUCCGCCUCCUCCUCAAACACCUCAGGAAAGCGUCGGAGCAAGAAAAAGGAACUUGAAAAGGACAGAAAGGCAGCAGCGCAUACCAACAAAGUAGGGGUGUUAAUCAACACGGUGAAGAGGGCGCUCAGAGAGGGUGAUAUCCCGCUGGCGAAAAGAUCGUUUGGGUUGCUUGCGAGGGCAAAGGUGAAUGGGAGGAGGGUUGAUCUUAGGUAUGAGAGGUUGUGGGAGUUGGGGGCGGAGAUUAUACUGCGUGAAGGGGAGACUACCACCAUCACCACCGAAGGGGAACUCAAAGGCGCUGUCCAAAUCGAACUAGAGCGGCAGGCAGUAAAUGAAGACGACGAUAACGCAGAGAGGGAAUCGAGACAGAAAGAUAGGUUAUUCGCCCGUCAACAAGCCAACCUGGCGAACCUCAAGGCGUUUUAUCAGCAUCUUAUCCAGAACCACCCGUUCAGCAAGCAGCACCCCAACUCUACGGGGCGUCCGCUGCUUGAGUUUAACAUUGCGUUGUUUUCGGCGGAAAUGGAGGGGGUGUACGCUUUGCAUCGGAGGGGGAUGGAGAGGAUUGAGGAACGGGAUGGGAGGGGGGAGUUUUAUGAUGUAGAGGAUGAGGUGGAUAUUAUAGAGGAGGAACCGGACGACGAGAUGGAUGUUGACGGGGAGGAGGAGCACAAAGCACCUCCUACUCCCCCAAGGGAAAAGAGAAAAGUGGCGAGGGUUAGGGAGGAGAAGGAUGAGCUGAGGAGGGAGGUGCUCAGGCAGAUGAGGGGUAUAGCUGAAAGGAUGGAUGCGCUGCUGGAGACGACGCCGUUUUCGAGGGAUGGGGAGUUUGCUAGGUUGAGGGCGAUGGUGGGGUUGUAUAUUGCUGAUUUGUGCGUGCCGUUUGGUGAGGAGGAGAAGAGGGCGGGGUAUGAAGUCAGGGAUAAGGAAAGACAAAAGGCGAGAAAGCUGCUCGCGGGGGUGAGGGAUAUGGGCAAGGGGGUGCUGAAGAAGGAUGAUGAGGAGUUGUUGAAGAUGUUGGGGAAUGAUGACGAGGAUGAUGAUGAUGAGGAGGAGGAGGAGGAUAAGGAUGAAGAAGAGGAAGACGAGGAUAACGAUGAAAAAGAUGAGGAAAGCGAUGAGGAAGGGCCGCAACUGCAAUUCUUUUCUUCUAUGCCGGCGUGA